AUCUUGCGAUGGAUCCAGCCUUUCUUCACAUUCAUGUAGUGUCGCCAUUACGUUAACGAGAAGCGCUCAAAGACUAUUAUAAAUACGUUUCUCUCUGUUCGUUGGUGUCGUUUUUAUCAUGAGGCACAUUAUUUCCGACCCUCGCGGCAAUCCUGUUUUCACAUCAUUUGGUUCUUGGCGAAGCUAUAAUGGAAAUAGUGUAGCUUCUUCAAGGAGCAAUACUUCAGAUUAUAACCCAAGGAGUAUCCUGUUUUUGCACGUCAAAUCUUCUGAUUGGAAUUCCGUCAUCCAUAGAGCGAAAACACACCCUUCAGAAAUCUUAAUGGUUGACGACAACGACAACACACCAUUGCACGUUGCAUGUCAACUCGACCCCCCAGUCAAUAUAGUGAUUUCUCUGAAAGAAGCAAUUGCACAGACCAAUUCUUGGGGUGCAACUCCACUUCAUGUUGCCGCUAGCCAUAGGUGCAAUGCUGAAGCCUUGAAGAAAUUGAUUGACUUUUCCCCUGGAUCCCUUUCCCGGCUUUCAAGAAUGAACAGGACCCCGAUUCACUAUGCCUGCAUGUCGUACAGAGGUUUGGAUUUGAUAGCCUUUCGAGUGUUGCUGGAAGAGACCCUGAUAGAGAGUCGCCGACGUAAAGAAGAGCAACACCUGCACUAUGAUCGCGAGAAGGAAAAUUCAGAGUGCGACUCGAAAGUCAGCGUUUUCAUAGACAUUAUCAAAGAAACUAACGAGAACGUAAAAAAAACUGAGAUGUUAGAUGACGAAGAGAUUUCUCUCUUGAUCACCGAUAACGUCUCGCGACGUACAAUGGCUGCUUCACCUUCGGAUUCUCUAUCUACAUCCUCUUCAGAUAUGGGAAAAAUGAACACGACUGAUCAAGAACAGGACUAUAGUAUCGAUAAUGGUCUAUACAAGAACAACUCCAAUAUAGUGACGUGGAAAGAUACCACGGGAAAAACUCCUCUUGGAUUACUAUUUUGUCGAUAUCGUGAGCGAGUAAAACGUGUUAUUGAAAUAUUGGAGCAAAUGAAGAGCUCGGGAACAAGGAGUCCGCAAAGCCACACAUCGCUACAAACCGAUCUUGGCCACCUAUGGGGAAAGGCACGACUAAUUGUUKUGCGCUUGUCAGAAGAAUGUAACCAGCAACAACUACAGCAGCGGAAUAAAGAGUUUCAAGGAAAAAGAGAUUCUGACUCCGUAGACGAAGCUCACAAUUACUGUUCAUCUUUAGGGCAGCAAUGGUCACUGGCUGCAUCUUGGAGCAAGGAACGCUUAUCCUGCUACUCCAGAGUAAAAGAAGAAGGAAGUGAUUUUAGUACCGACAAUGAAUUUGUAGAAAUGAAGUCAUCAGACAAUGAUGAGCGUCAAUUUCGGAUUGUUCAUGCUUCCGUAGGUUUGACAGGAUACGGUUGUCCACCCGAAAUGAUUCGUUUAGCUAUGUCGAUCUACCCAUAUCAAGUCAGGGAAAUGGAUGAAGAUGGAAAUCUGGUACGCAAACUUUUCCCUCUUACAUAUUGUCUCUUUUUUAGCCUGCUUGUGAAUAUUGACUUUAUUUUUUAAACUCACUCCUUAUCCACCUAUUGGUCUCGCAUAGCCUCUGCACAUCGCUGCUUCAGCAUCUUCCCUGAAAUCUAACACGUCGAGCGGCAAUGCUGUAUCAGAAGAAGAUUCGUCAGUGUUUUCCGAUAGUAUUGUUAGCCUGUUCAGCGCUAUGUCUUUAAAUAACGGAGAAGAAGAUAGUAGCAUCGCUUCAUUCGAUAAAGUCAUACGACUCCUAUUGAAGCAAUACCCACAUGCUGCACAAACACCCCAUGGGCGAUCAGGCCGCUUGCCGUUGGUCUUGGCUGAUCACGCCGGAGAGCGAACUUGGAACGAUGGGAUGAAGACGUUACUGAGGGCAUAUCCCCCGGCAUUAUUUAGCGGGAGCAAAGGAAUUAUUCCGAUUAAUCUUUAUCCUCAUGUUUUAAGCUUGAUUGGUGGAGGGGAUCCUUCCGAAUCUCCCCAAAGAAGCAAUGCUAGCGCAACUCAUACUAUGAAUGCAAAUCCGACCCAAUCAUUGCAGCGUAGCUCAGGUAACCGAUUCAAUGGACGCAGUGAAAACAGCCUUUUACACAAUCUGUUGCUACUGAAACAGCGCCGAAUAAAAGAGCUAAUGGCGGUGGCAGCAUGCACGUCAAGUAGUAACCGAAAUUACAUGAUCAGACGACAAUCCACUCGCAAGCACUCAAAUUUACAAGUUCCAUCCUCUAGGAAGGGACAAGCCAGUCAAAGAGGGAACACACGUAGAGGCAAGGCAUCUCAAACGAAAGGACAAUUUUCAUGUUCGCAGUCGUCAAAGUAUAUUAGUAGUAGCAAGAAAGAUCCACAGAGAAAGGGAAGAAAAGAAUACGCCACGACUAUGUUUGAGCUCUUACGGGCCAAACCGGAUUUGAUCGAGACCACAAUGUCCCAUCAGAUAUUUACGAAAUCAUAAUUACACGAGAGUAGAAACAGAAACGGCGACAUUCCGCUUACAGCAACUGGAUCUAUGCGGAAACAAGAAAAAGUUAAAUUGAAGGGUCAACGAUUUUUGAAAAGAAGAAAGGUUACAAGAAGAAACUUAUUAGAGAGAAUGAGGGUGUUUGAGCAAAAGGCAUGGAAAUCUGUCCAGUAGAUUCUCAUCGGUUUCCAAAGUACUGUAUCUACUUAUUGCAAAGAAAAGUUCAAACCCUUUGUAGUUGAUAAGCAAUCUGAGACAGAAAAGUUAUGAACAGGGCAACUAGCUUAAAAUAAAGAUUGACUUCUUAAAUUUAAUAGACAACACAGCAAGUU